GCGCUCACCUGGCCGCCUCCUGCAGCCCGCCGCCCCGCGCCGCUCAGUCGGUAAAGAGGUGGCGUGUGUGUCGGACCUACGGCAGUGUGCUCGGCGGGUCGCGUCUCAGUGUCGGUGUGUUGUGGUGUUUGUGUUGUGUGGGUGUGUUAUGGUGUGGCUCGGUGUGGUUCCUCCCUGCCCGACAGCUCUGCCAUGUAAGGCGCACUGAUGCCGAGUCGCGGGUUCUUCUCGCGGGCGGUGCACUCCAGCAGCUCUGUGAAGCCUGGGCCCGCGUCCCUUCCCCCCGCCCACAACCCUCACCCCCUCUACCCGCCGCCCGCCUCCCCCGUCAAAAAUGGUUGGUGGGGAGUACCGCCGUGGCUCCAGCGGGGCAGUAAGGGCCUGCCCCGCCACAGCUCUGGUCCCAUCCCGCAGAUGGUGUCCUCGGGCCCCUCCUCCUUCCCCGGCACCCUGCCUGGAACACUGCCCAGCACCUUGCCGGGCUCGUAUGGAGUUGAGCACCCCUCCACCUUCACCAGUACUCUGCCUGGCCGCACCAGCCACCACCCCUACUACCUGCACCACCAGCAUCCGCAGCAGCAGCACCACCACCAGCUGCACCACCACCACCGCUACUCCAAGCACCAGCUGAAGGCGGAGGGUAAGCACCAGACCAAGGCGGACAUCAAACAUGGACACAAGGCCGACCCGCCCCAGAAGAAUGUCCCGCUCACCCCGCAGCAUCACCCCGGCUCCUCCCGCCCGCCCUCCAUCCUGGGGUCGCGGCCCCGCACGCCACACGACCUUCCCGCCCUGAGUAACGGGUCCAGCAGUGGUCCUCACUCGCUGCCCACCGCCUGGCCCGCCAUGCACGACCUGCGGGACCCUCACCACAUAAACCCCUCCCCCACGCACCACCGCGCCCCCUCCCCUCCCCCGCACCACGCCCCUCCUCCCGUCAUAGAGGUGGAGCACAAGCUUGAGGUGGAGGAGGCGCGGCGGGAAGGGAAGGAGCAGGGGGGCGUGGAGCUCAGUCAGCUGAAGGUGGACCCUGAGCUGAUCUUCACCAAGCAGGAGAGGAUCGGGAAGGGGUCUUUUGGAGAGGUGUUCAAGGGGGUGGACAAGCGGUCGACACAGGUGGUGGCCAUCAAGAUAAUUGACCUAGAGGAGGCGGAGGAUGAGAUCGAGGACAUCCAACAAGAAAUCAUGGUGCUCUCCCAGUGUGACUCCCCCUAUGUCACCAAGUAUUAUGGCUCCUACCUCAAAGGCACCAAGCUUUGGAUCAUCAUGGAGUACCUGGGAGGGGGGUCUGCCCUGGACCUGAUGAAGGCUGGCAGCUUUGAGGAGAUGCACAUAGCGGUCAUCCUACGAGAGGUGAUCAAGGGCCUCGACUACCUGCACUCUGAGAGGAAGCUGCACAGGGACAUCAAGGCGGCCAAUGUGCUGCUGAGUGAGAUGGGAGACGUCAAGUUGGCUGACUUUGGUGUGGCAGGGCAGCUCACCAACACCACCAGCAAGAGGAACACCUUCGUGGGCACGCCUUUCUGGAUGGCGCCCGAGGUCAUCAAGCAGUCGGCCUAUGACUCCAAGGCGGACAUCUGGUCGUUGGGCAUCACUGCCAUUGAGCUGGCAAAAGGUGAACCACCCAACAGUGAUCUCCACCCAAUGCGAGUGCUCUUCCUUAUCCCCAAGAAUAACCCUCCACAACUCACUGGCAAUUACAGCAAACCCUUCAAGGAGUUUGUUGAGGCUUGUCUCAAUAAAGAUCCAGAAAAUAGACCAACUGCAAAAGAAUUGCUCAAGUUUCCAUUUAUAAGGAAGGCCAAGAAGAAUGCUUACCUCAUGGACCUCAUUGACAGAUAUAAGUCAUACAAGAAAAACAACGCAGACACAGACACCGAUUCUGAUCCAUCGGAUUCUGAGGAGAGCCGAGUGGAGAGUGACGUUGAGGACCCAGCUUGGAUCAUGACUGUCAAGGGUCCACCCGGCGGCCUCUCCCCGACUGGCAUGCAGGAAGGAUCACCUCCCACCACUUCCACCUCUCCACUCUCCUCCUCACCCAUGGAGUUCAACAAUGUGCCAGCUUCCUCCACGUCUUCCCUCGCGCACUCUCCACCGAAGGAGAACAAUGGAGUCAUAUUUAGAGAAAAAGCCUCGUCUCCAACUCGUCCAACUGCAAUAGCACCGCCUCCUCCUAGCGAUAAUGAAAAACGCAGAGAAAGUCGCCACAUGGACCACAGAACCUCAAGGGACAUGGACCUCUCGCCGCGCUCCACCGAGCCUCACACCAAUGGCGACGACACCCACAUGGCCAACCUGGCGGACAUGAGGAUUGAUGCAGAGGACCACAGAAAUGAGAAUGACCGUCCCGAUAGAAACGAGGUGAACGACUCCCGCCACAUCCGAGACGUCCACCACUCCAGAGACAACAGGGCCAGCAUAGGCAACAUGAGGGAAGUGAGGAGGCCAGAGCACCGCCACACCUCCUCACUCCCCCAGGCCCCUCGCACCAAGUCACCUCCGCCAGUCAACAGUGCUUUAUCAGGGGUGGUGUUGCCACUCAUCUCUGAGUUACAGAGACGCCACCGACACAACCCGAGGGGCAACGACCCACACCGCGCCGACGCCAUCGAGGAGCUCAAGUCAGCGUUUGAGUCAGCCGAGAGGUCAAGUCCAGGUGUGACAGAUGCCUUCAUUCGGGACUUGUUUUCAAAAUUACUGCCCAACAUGACUGAAGCAAGGGUCAGGCAAGCACAAGACAACUUAAUGAGGUGAAACUCCAAUGGCUGUUUCAAUGCGAGCAUCACAACAGAAUUGUGUCUGAAGCAGUUCUAAACACUGAUGGCUCAAGCAAACACCAGUUGGAGAGCACCAUCAAAGACAGUGCUGUACAUUUUGCAAUAACUAAACGCUGUCCUGAGCAGCGGGAUGGUGUGUCACGAGUUAAACCUCCCCAUAUUCUUUAUUUCCUUAUUUAUUUUUGGAACUGGGUGACAUUGUUUCCUUGCAUUGCUGUUGCCCCUUGCCUGCCCUCGGGGGGCCACACUGUGCCUCAAGUCCUUGCACAUGCUGGAGGCAAGAUUAGUCACCUACUUAACUCUUUACUUCAGCAGCUUCUACAGUGUACAGUUCUACCAUUGAACCUUGAUCCAGUGAAAAGAAGUACUUCAUGAAUGGACAGUAUUGAGAGUAUGUGAAUUUCCAUCUAGUGGAGGAUAUUCUGGUGUGCAUGAUUUACUUGGCAGUGGAAACAAGUAAACAAGCUGCCAGCGCCUCUCAGUUUGUGUCUUGAUGGCGUCCACACCCACUGGAGCCUCCUAGUCACGGGUGAGGCUCAUUGAGGAAGAAGAAGAAUGGUGUUAUGUGUACAGUCUUAUUUCAGGUUGCACAUACCUUUACAUUUGCAUUUUGUCUAAGUGUAGCCAGCACGAUGCUACAAGUCUGCUGAGCCGUGAGAUGUGUUUUACAAGGGGAGGCUAACUCUUGUGUAUCAUACUAGUGUACAUAAUGUGUAAGUCAUUGAGGACCAGUGCAUCUGGAAAAUGUAAAUAUAUAAUCCAUUUAACCAUUUUCAACCAAAUCUACAUAGUAUGGUUGAAAUCAAUGGACUACCACUCCCACCCUUCUCAUCCAUAUCAGUAGUCAACGGCUGCUUAGUAUAUAUUUUAUUUCCUCAAGAUUUUGUUGAUGGUGUUACUUUUCCUAACACCGGCUGGUUUAGUACUCUUAGGGAGGGAGAAUGUUGCAAGUUCAUGAAAUUUCUUACUUUUAAUAUGGGGACAGUGAGAAGUGUGAGUUGAAACAAAGAUCAUCAAGACUGCCGGCUGCACCUCAUCUCCGCCAUGUGUCCCCUUGUGAUACUUGCCUCUUUGUGUAGUAGCCAAAGAUGUUACUAUUUAUUUUGUGUUAAAGGGCACUUCAUCAAGUUGUGUCAAAGACAUUGUAGGUUGUAUCCUAUUCCUUUCUUGCUCUUGGAUGCAAAUUAGUCUUGUAAUAUGACUUAACAUUCCAUUAAUGGUGAUUUCUUUUCCCUAGAAGUUGAUGCAAUUUCUGGUUUCUUUAUUUAUUUAUUAAACAUACACACACACACACACACACACACACACACACACACACACACACACACACACACACACACACACACACACACACACACACACAC